AUGUUGCACCUACCAGACUCGCAUCUCCACGCCAACGAGCCUCCUCACCCCAACGGCUCGUAUAUUGACGGACCACUGGCCGUCCCUCCGGCUACCUUGACUCGGACCGUCGCCGCCCCCGAAGUUGCCCCCUCGGACGUUGGCGAUGUCGCCUCCGAUCGUGGAAUCCCGGAAGCAUCAGUGUUGCUAGCCGGGCUUCUCCUCCUCCGCCGGAACAACACCGAGGACCAAGACCUGGGACAGUUCUCAUGGGGUUACGUAUCCCGAGACGGGACCGACUCGGUCCUACCGCUACCAGAUCAAUGCGCCUCUCCAUCACAGGCGUACCUAGACCCCUAUCAGACAAUAUCAAGCGCGACGACCCUCCUGAACAAGGCACUGGGACGAGAUGGGAGCGAUAUGUGCCCAAAGUUGGGCAACGGCCAGACCCUAUUCUUCACCGACGCGGAUGCAUCGCUGGUGGAAAAGAUGCCCCUUGGCGAAAUCGACCUGGAGCAAAAGACUCACCUUGGAUCUAUGCUUACCUUGUCUCCCCAAAAGUGGACCUUCCGACUAGAACUUAGCUCGCUGGACGAGCAGCUCUGCCUCCAGGCACGUUGGCAGGGCCCCUUACUGACCCGAGAGGUGGUGGAACAAAGCCUCGACACUCUCAUCGACCUCCUCCACCUAGUCGUCCAGAGGCCAGAAGCACCCGUCCGGGAAGCCCUCGGGCCGCUCGAGCGGGACCUCGAGCAGAUCUGGACAUGGAACGCCGACCUGCCCGCCAAGAUCGACGUGUGCGUCCACGACAUGGUCUCCGACUAUGCCGCGCAGCGGCCCGACGCGCCCGCCGUGUCGGCGUGGGACGGCGAGUUCACCUACGGCCAGGUGGAGGCGCUCUCGAGCCGCCUCGCCGCCGACCUCGUCGCCCUCGGCGUCGCCCUGGGGACCCCCGUGCCGCUCUGCUUCGAGAAGUCGAGGUGGACCGUCGUCGCCGUCCUGGCGGUCAUGAAGGCGGGCGGGACCUUUGUGCUCACGGACCCCAGCCAGCCGCAGGCCCGGCUGCAGACCAUCGUCGAGCAGACGCGGGCCCGGGUCGUCGUCUCGUCGAAGCUGCAGGAGGACUUGGCCGGCCGUAUCUCCCCCGGUGGCCAGGUCCUCGUAGUGUCGGACGCGUUGUUGGAGCGCGGCACCGGCGCCACCGAGCAACCGCCAAUAGCCCUUCCGUCCGUGCCGGCAGACACGCCGAUGUACAUCAUCUUCACCUCCGGCAGCACGGGGAAGCCGAAGGGCGUGGUGAUAUCGCACGCCAACUACACCAGCGGCGCGCUGCCUCGGGCCGAGGCGGUGGGCUACAGGAAGGAUCUCCGCGUGUUCGAGUUUGCCUCGUACGCCUUCGACGUCAGCAUCGACUGCAUGCUGUGCACGCUCGUCACGGGCGGCUGCAUCUGCGUGCCGUCCGACGAGGACCGCAUGAACGACCUCAGCGGCGCCAUCCGCCGCUCGGGCGCCAAGAUGGCCCACAUGACGCCGUCGGUCGCCCGCGUCCUGGACCCGGACAUCCUCCCGUCCCUCGAGGUCCUGGGCCUCGGCGGCGAGGCUGUGUCUGCCGGCGACGCAGUCUCGUGGAGCAAGCACACCAGCGUGAUCAUCGCCUACGGCCCCUCCGAGUGCACCGUCGGCUGCACCAUUAAUAACAACAUCAGCGCGUCCAAGGCGUACACUAAUAUUGGCAAGGGCGUCGGCGGGCUGACAUGGAUCGCCGACCCCGCCGACCAUAACAAUCUCGUCCCUAUCGGAGCCGUCGGCGAGCUCCUCGUCGAGGGCCCAGUCGUCGGCAUUGGAUACCUGGAUGACCCGGAAAAGACUGCCGAGGGUUUCAUCGAGGACCCGCCGUGGCUGCUUGCCGGACACGGGAGCGUGCCCGGUCGCUCUGGAAGGCUGUACAAGACGGGCGAUCUGGUCAGCUACGACUCGGACGGCUCGGGGGCCGUUUUCUUCGUCGGGCGGAAAGACCAGCAGGUCAAGAUCAGGGGCCAGAGAGUGGAGCUGGUCGAGAUUGAGCAUCAUCUGCACGACAAGGUCCCGGCUGGAGUGAAGACGGUCGCCGAGGUGAUCAAGCCGGGUGGAGGGGACCCGACUCUGGUUGUGUUUUUGGAGGAGGGCCAGCCAGCAGAUGGGUCUCUGCCCGAGGGCGAUGCGGUAACGCUCUCCCCUGCACUUUCCCAGGCACUCCCAGAGAUAGAUGCGGCGCUUGGGGAAGAGCUGCCCCGAUACAUGGUGCCGACAGCUUAUAUCCCUCUCGCAACGAUCCCCUCGCUUGUCUCUGGAAAAACAGACCGCAAGAAACUCCGAGAGCUGGGGGCUUCGAUGACCCGUCAGCAGGUCGCAAGCUUCAGGGUCGUCGCCGACAAGAGCCGGCCGGAGACCGAAUCGGAACGCGCGCUCCACGGCAUCUGGACACAGCUUCUCGGGACUACGGGCGAGAUUUCCCUGAGCGACAGCUUCUUCGCGCUCGGAGGCGACUCCCUCAAGGCGAUGAAGCUCGUUGCCGCAGCGCGGGCCGAGGGAAUAUCCCUGACGGUGGCGUCCAUCUUCACCCACCCGACGCUGCGGGACAUGGCGGCGACGGCACAAAAGGCCAGCACCGACACUGAGACGACAUCCCCGCCGUUCUCCCUCCUGGACGACGGAUGGACGGCUGAGGCAGCCAAGGAAGAGGCUGCCAGGCUCUGCGACAUUGACGAGUCCACCGUCGAGGAUAUCUACCCCUGCACGCCUCUUCAGGAGGCCCUAAUGGCGCUGUCUGCCAAGAUCGAGGAGGCGUACGUGGCGCAGAGAGUCCUGGAUCUAAAGGACUUGGACACGGCUCAGAAGCUCCAGGCAGCGUUCGAGAUGGCGGCGGAUGACUGCCCCAUUCUCCGCACGCGAAUAAUUCAAGUUCCCGGCCGCGGGUUGGUCCAAGUCGUCGUGAAGGAGAAGAUCCAGUGGAAGACAGCAAACUCUCUUCAAGAAUACCUUGACCAGGACAGGACUGACCACAUGGGGCUGGGCAAGCACCUGGUCCGAUACGGACUGGUUUCCGACAGCAGCUCCGAGAAGAUAUCGUUUGUCCUGACCAUCCACCACAGCCUCUACGACGGGUGGUCCAUGCCACUGGUGAUCGACCGUGUCAACCGCGCGUACCAAGGCCUGUCCACACACCGACCCGCCGCAUUCAAGGACUUCAUCCAUUUCCUCAACAAGCUCGACCGCGGAGCCUGCGAGGACUUCUGGCGCGAGCACCUCCACGGCGCAACGGGGCCGCAAUUCCCCCCGCUGCCAUGGGAGGGGUACCAGGCCCGUGCAGACUCGCUGCUGGAGCUGUUCGUCCCACUGGUCCAACGGCCCGCCUCCAACACGACCGUCGCGACGGUGAUCCGCGGAGCCUGGGGCCUGGUCGCGUCCAACUACACGGCGUGCGACGACGUCGUGUUCGGCGAGACCCUCACAGGCCGCAACGCGCCGAUCUCGGGAGUCGACCAGAUCGAGGGGCCCAUGAUCACGACGGUCCCCGUGCGGGUGCAGGUCGACCGCACAGUAAGCGUGGCCGAGUACCUCCAGGCCAUCCACGACCAGACCGUUGCUCAGAUCCCGUACGAGCACACCGGCCUGCAGCACAUCCGGAGACUCAGCGACGAUGCCCUGCAAGCCUGCGAGCUGCGGACUGGCCUGGUGCUGCACCCGGGCACGGACGGGGAGGAGGAUCUUGCUGCGCCCGUAGACGACAACCAGCCGGCUAAUGGUCUCGUCCCUGCAGGCGAUGCCGAGGCCGCCCAGGAGGCGCUCAAGUUCAACACAUACUCGAUCAUGCUGGUCUGCUCCCUGAGCCCCAAGGGGUUCCUCGUCAUGGCCAGCUUCGACUCCAAGACGGUGGACAAGCAGACCAUGGAGACGGUGCUGGACCAGUUCGGCCUGGUGAGCCGCCAGCUCUGCGAAGGAACCGACAAGUGCAUCAAUGACAUCGAGUACCUCACCGAGGCUGACGGGAAGGAAAUCCGGCGCGUAUCUGCUAUUAGUGGUGCGAAUGUGGGAUUCCUCGGGGAUAAAUACAAGGACAUCACGGCGGCAUGGAUUGUCGAUCCCGCCGACCCCGAGCGCCUGCUUCCGCGGGGGGCAGUCGGCGAGCUCAUUGUCGAGACCCGGCAGGAGGAGGAGGAGGGGCUUGAUCUACCAACACUCGAGAAGCCCAAGUGGCUGCUCGCCCAGAGCGCCGACGAAACACAUCCGGGGCGCCUCGUCAGGACCGAUCUUCUGGCCAAAUUCGAACACGAUGGCUCCCUAGUCAAGAUCGGCUCCAAGAACGCAUCGACAGCCAAAUCAGCAAAGGUUCCCAAGGCAAAACCGACGGCGGUGACGGCUGCCUCCAACAAGCAGAAAAGCCUCCGGAAUCUCUGGAGCCGCGUGCUGCGCAUGGACGAGGACGACAUCAGUCUGGGCGACAACUUCUUCCGGCUCGGGGGCGACUCGAUCACGGCGAUGAAGCUAGUGUCGGAGGCGCGGCUCGAUGGCUUCGAGCUGAGCGUGGCCCAGGUCUUCGCAAACAGGUCUCUCUUCGACAUGGCCAAUGCCCUGCAGGGCGCUCCCGCCAAGCAAGCGGAGGACGCGCCCGUUACCCCGGUCACGCCUUUCUCCCUACUGGAGAUGCCAAACGUCGAGGAAUUCGUCGAGCAGAGCAUCCGGCCCAGACUGGCCGACCGCGCCUGGAAGAUAGCCGACGUUCUGCCCGUGCGGCCGCUCCAGGAGAUCGCCAUCAAGGGAACCGUGGAUGUGCCGAGGUACUCGAUGCGGUACGAGAUGCUGCACUUUGACUGCCCCAUCGACGGGCCCAAGCUGCUCAGGGCGUGCCAGGAGGUGGUCGCGCGGAACGAGAUCCUCCGGACGGUAUUCACCGAAGUCGAGGGCACCUACUUCGGCGUGGUGCUGGAUCAGCUGCUCGCGCCGACAACCGAGUACGACGUGCAAGACGACGUCGAAGCCUUCGUCCGCAAGGUCUGCGAGGUGGAUGUGCAGGAGCGGACAACAUUGGGGAGUUCCUUCGUCAAGUUCUUCCUCGUGCACGGCGCCGACGGCGGCAAGAGCAGUCUCAUCUUCCGCAUCUCGCACGCGCAGUACGACGAGAUGUGUCUCCCCAUCUUCCUACACCAGCUCUCGGCCCUCUACGAGGACCGCCCUGUGCCCGAGUCGACGCCCUUCUCCGCCUUCGUCCACCACGUCGUCCGCGACAAUGUCCCGCAGGGAAUCGCCUACUGGCGCGACCUCCUCGAGGGGUCCGCCCUCACCGUCCUCCGCCCGGACAUCCCCCUCACGGCGAGGCGCCACCACGCCAUCCAGCACACCGUCGACAUCUCGGCGCGCCCCCGCGACGUCACCGUGGCGACGCUGCCCACCGCCGCCUGGGCCCUCUGCCUUUCGCGGCGCCUCGGCUUGCGCGACGUCACCUUUGGCGAGGUGGUCAGCGGGCGCAACAUGUCGCUCCCGGGGGGCGCCGGCGACGCGGUUGCGGUGGCGGGACCGUGCUGGCAGUACGCGCCGGUGCGGGUGCGCAUGGCGGCCGGGUGGACGGGCGCGGACCUGCUGGAGGCGGUGCAGCACCAGCACAUUGCCAGCUCGCGGUUCGAGGGCAUGGCGCUGCCCGAGGUGGUGCGCCUGUGCGGCACGGGCUGGCCCGCCGACACGGACUGGUUCGACUCGGUCGUCCACCAGGACGUCGAGCAUGUCGAGGACUUGCCCUUCCUGGAGGCGCGGUGCCGGACCGAGACGCUGUAUCUGCACGAGGAGCCCCUGCGCGAGUGGAAGGUUCAGGCCUUCCCGCAGGGUGACUCGCUCACGCUUGAGAUCGUCACGUUUGAGUCGUGGGCGCCGUUUGCGGAGGAGCUGCUGAGAGACUUGACUGAUGCGAUGGAGACGUUGGUGCGGAGACCAUGGGAGGCUAUUGUAAUUGAGUGAAUUGAUGCGGAAAAUGAUUGGACAUGACUGAGUUUUUCUUUUCUUCAUGUUUGGAAGGGGAUUGUAAUUACAUUCUAUCGAACACAUGUUGUUGACAGGGG